AUGACAAAUUUCCUACGAGUACUAUUCGCGAUAAGUAUUGCUUGUUUUUCAACGUAUGCUGCAGUAGCAAAGUCUUCUGAUCAACUACCUCAGUCAAUUACUGAACUCAAGCAUUAUUAUGAUGUUAUCAAUAAUUUGGAAAAACGUGGUAUUAUCAAUGUCGAUCUUGCCGAUCAAGAAAAGCGACUAUAUAUUAGACAUGCAUCAGAUCUUGUUGGUCGAAAAGAGCUGCUAACUUUAGAAGAAUUCCUUACAUGGAAACAACGGCAAUUAAUCGUUUCAUUUUCAAAUGUUGUUGCUAUUCUUGCCGGAGUUAUCGUCAUGCUUGCAGCAGCUACAUUCAUCGGUAUAUUUCUUGGACCAUUCUUAACUCAAGUACCACUGGUCGUCUGGGAGAUCUUAGGUUAUGUCGUAUCGAUUGGUCUGAUGCUAUGCGUCAGUCAUUCAUGGUUGAUUUUCUUGGGUUGUCUAGCAUUUGUAGGAGUAUUAUCAUAUUCAGUAACUAAACAUGUUUCUGAUCAAUACAAUCUUGGAUUGGUACUCUCCUGGACAUGUUUCAUUGUUUGGACAUUCGUCGCUGUUUAUCAACAGCAUCGAGAAGCAGGCUAUCUUGCAAUUAUGGCUUUACAAUCAGCUUUAGGUUUUUCUAUUGCUGUUGGACAUUUAGUCACAGUAAUCGGAUUUCAAAAUGAAAAGGCUGUUCCGUCUGCAACGCUCGCUUCAUUUCUGCUAAUUAUGCUCGGAAGUAUUUUACACCUUAAACAAGAUACAAGUUUUUUAAGCGUACCGUUCAGUCGACCAAUGCUAUUUUUGGGUACAUUCGUUUACUUCAUCGGAAUGCUGAUAAUGUCGUCGACACUAUUCAAAUCAUGGCGACAACAGAAACAUAUAUUUUGGUUAUUACAAAUUGUCAUGUUUCUCAGUGGAUUCGCUGCGAUGUUCUUCGGUCCUAUGCUAGAAAUACCAUUCGUUCAAGCUAUUGGAGGAACUAUGUUUGUAGUGUGGUUACUAGAGAAAUACGUGGAACUUGUACCAUGGAGAGGAUUUUUGCCAGUCGUUGGAAGUUUGUUCGGUUUCGGAGUGUUACUUUAUGCAUUCGCGUUCUUCCUGAAAACAUAUCCUGAAUAUUUUAUUUUUCAUAUCUAUUCGAAAGAAUAG